AUGGGAGGUGUCGAUCUUGAGCUAUCAAAGGAAAUAAAAAUCCUAGGACUGAUAAUCGACGAGAAAUUGACGUUCAACCAACAUGUUCUCGCCACUUGCAGGAAAGCAACUGCAAUCCAUAAGCAAUUGACGAGAGCGGCAAAGGUCAGCUGGGGUUUGCAACCGGAGAUCAUCAGGACGAUAUACACGGCAGUCAUAGAACCCAUCAUCAUGUACGCGGCAAGUGCGUGGGCCCCUGCCGCCAAAAAACUGUGCAUCCGAAAUCAUCUGAACGCCGUCCAAAGAUCCUUCGCACAGAAAAUUUGCAAAGCGUACAGGACCGUGUCCCUCAAUUCAGCGCUGCUGCUCUCAGGAUUACUCCCACUGGAUCUGAGAAUCCAAGAGGCAGCAAAAAUCUUCGAAGCAAAGAGAGGAAUACCGCAGCCUUUAAUUGGGGACCGCGAACUGGAGUUAAAAGCCAGUCACACAGCUGCGCCACACCCCGCAGAAAGCAAAAGCUUCAGCUACGAGUGCGAGGAUCAAGAAACGGAAGAAGACAGCCACGACGUACGACUUUUUACAGAUGGAAGCAAAAUCCAAAAUAAGGUUGGAGCAUCGUUAUCCUGUUGGAAUAACGGUGUCGAAAUUAAAGCCCAUAAGUACAAGCUAGAGUCGUACUGCACUGUAUUCCAAGCAGAGAUGUAUGCAGUUCUAAAGGCCACGGAGUUCGUACUGCGGUCGGACCGAGGAAGCUUUGGAAUUUACAGUGACUCGAGGUCAACCCUAGAGAUAAUAGGUAACCAAGGCUCCUUCAACCCGAUCGCGGUCGAAAUCCGCAAGAACCUAGCAGAUAUCCAGGGACAAGCAAAAGAGAUCAAGCUAUACUGGGUAAGAGCGCACGUAGGAACAGUAGGCAAUGAGCGAGCCGACACACUUGCAAAAGAAGCCGCUCUAAAAAUUAAGACAAAACCGUACUACGAUAGAUGCCCAAUCUCUUUCAUAAAGAAAUCAAUCCGCUUGGAAACACUGGAAGAGUGGGGGCGGCGCUACAGCACCGAAAGUACUGCCUCAGGAACAAAAAUGUUUUAUCCCGACGCCGUAGAAGCAUACCCUGAAAUUAAAAAACUAAAGUUAAACCCAAUACUAGUUCAAAUAAUGACAGGACAUGGUGGGUUCUCUGAGUACUUGCAUAGAUUCAAGUGCAAGGAGAGCCCAUCAUGUGUCUGUGAACCCGGAAAAGCUGAGAGCAUCCCGCAUCUAAUAGCGGAGUGCCCUCAGUUUAUCACGCAAAGAUUUAACUUGGAAAAUGAGAUGGAGGAGGAAAUAAGGAUAGACACAAUACAUAAGAUAAUGAAAAACAAAUACAUUAGAGGAAAAUUCUUAGAGUUUUGUGUCAAAAUAGCAACUAUAGUAAUAAAAUUAUGUCCGGGGCAAUAG